AUGAACAGCAACCAGCAGUCCAACCGGCUGCAGCUGAACUUUGGCGGUGGCGACCGCAACCAGUACCAAGACGCUGGCCGCGCAUUUCCCACCACGCCCUCGACUUUCCCACAGCCAAUCGGCCAGCAGGAGGUCUGGGGAGCACAACAACAGCAGCAGCAGGGCAAUGGAUAUAGCGGUGGCGGUGGUGGCGGCAGCAGCGGCGGCUACUUCCAGAACCCGUACCAACAGGCGCAGUACCAGGGUCAGCAGGGAAACCUCCAGACACAGCACUUGCAGCAACGCUUCGAUGCCAACGGCCUGGCCCAACAACUCUCAUCGCAGCACUUGGGAGGCAGCGGCCGCUCUGGCAGCCCGUACGGUCGCCAGCCGUCGCCAAACCCCCAGCGCCCACGCACCGCAGAUAACCGGGGCUACAGCUACGGCAGCUACGGUGCCUCGCAAGGCCCACGCCAGCCCUCGCUCUACGAUGAAGAGGCUCCCAAGCGCCAGCCUGAGAAGUACUCGGACAACGUCGAAAAGCAGGCCACCAUGUCCAAGAGCCUAAUCAACACAUUCUUCAAGGACAGUGUCCAGCGGGCACGCGACCGGAACCAGAGAGCUUUGGAACUCGAGUCCAUCAUGAAGGAGCCCUCCAUCUCGGACAAUCGCAAGAUCCAGAAGGAGAACAGCAUGCGCAAGGCAGAGGUCGAAUACCUGCGGUUCCUGCGGACUAAGGAGAAGCCCGAGAACUUCUCAACUCUGAAGAUCAUCGGCAAGGGUGCUUUCGGAGAGGUCAAGCUUGUUCAGAGGAAGAAUGAUGGCAAGAUCUAUGCUCUCAAAUCGCUCGUCAAGCAAGAGAUGUUUAAAAAGGACCAGCUCGCCCACGUACGGUCAGAACGUGAUAUUCUUGCCGAGUCAGACAGCCCCUGGGUCGUCAAGCUGCACACCACCUUCCAGGACAACACCUUUCUCUACAUGCUAAUGGAGUUCUUGCCUGGUGGUGAUCUGAUGACUAUGCUUAUCAAGUACGAGAUCUUCACAGAGGACAUUACUCGCUUCUACAUGGCCGAGAUCACGCUAGCCAUUGAGGCCGUCCACAAACUCGGCUUCAUUCACCGUGACAUCAAGCCCGAUAACAUUCUGCUCGACCGAGGAGGCCACAUCAAGCUCACGGAUUUCGGCCUCUCCACUGGUUUCCACAAGGAGCACGACGCAGGCUACUACAAGAAGCUCCUUGCAGGUGGCGCGCACAAGUCUGCACGCGACAACCGAAAUUCCAUGAACCUAGACCAGAUUCAACUGACAGUCAGCAACCGUACCCAAAUCAACACAUGGAGGAAGUCCCGACGGCAGCUAGCGUACUCGACCGUGGGUACUCCCGACUACAUAGCGCCGGAGAUCUUCAGUGGACAGGGAUACGACUACUCUUGCGAUUGGUGGUCAGUCGGCACCAUCAUGUUCGAGUGCCUCAUCGGCUGGCCCCCGUUCUGCGCCGAAGAGCCCCACGACACAUACCGCAAGAUUGUCGACUGGCCGCGUAACUUGCAUUUCCCUCCCGACCAGCAGCUUGGUGCCGAGGCCGAGGACUUUGUUAGGCGCUUGAUUUGCGAUGCCGAACACCGUCUCGGCCGCAUUGGAGGCGCUAGCGAGAUCAAGCAACAUCCUUUCUUCCGUGGCGUUGACUGGAAUGGGCUGCGUAGGAUCCGCGCACCGUUCGAGCCCAAGCUGAACUCGAACGUCGAUACGGCUUACUUCCCUAUUGACGAGAUUGACCAGCAGGACACUAGCGCUGCAUACAGGGCUCAAGCUGCUCAGGCCGGCGAUGAUGAAUACGCGACAAGCUUGCCUUUCAUCGGUUACACGUACAAGCGUUUCGACGCGUACCGUGGCCCUUAGAUGCUCUUAAUUACGGCUAGUCAAUGCUUCACGAACGUAUCAAGAUUUUGCGGCGGAUGUUUAGGACUACAUCUACAUCUCAUGAAAGAGUUUGACUAUUCUACGAUCACAAUUCAAACACGAGCAUCGUACGGGCGUUUUGUUCCUGCCUCAUGUUGGCUUUCCACUCCUUGAAAGCCUGUUCUUUUCUAUUUGCAGAUCCUACGUGACGCAAAGUUUGGGGCUUGGCAAGACGUGGUUGGGAUGUUGUGGGUUCACGGGUUUUUCACACUGGGCAAAUGGCCCUGCAGAGUUGUACCAUUCGAGGCUAGAAAUCUUGAAGAGAAAUGCACAUUGCGUGUAAG